AUGCCGGGGCCGCGAGACCGCGCUGACCUGUACAAAGCGGUUGGGGUGGGUGCUGUUGUCAGCGUGGUGGCCGGCAUCCUAGAUCACCAGGCUGUGGAGGACCACCAGGGGCUGGCCAUGGCGGUGGUCUUUUGCAUUGGGUAUGCUGGGAUCAUCGCGGAGGACCUCCUGGGCUUCAACAAAGCUGGGGUUGCCCUGGGCACGGCGGUUUCGCUGUGGAUCAUCCGCUCUACGGGCUUCAGCCCUGGGGGUGCCGUCGACAGUGAGCUCUCCGCAGCGCUCACCCAGGUCAGCGAACUGAUAUACUUCCUAGUGGGCGCCAUGACUGUGGUUGAGGUCGUCGACGCGCACGGGGGCUUCAAGCCCUUGGCCGCGGCAGUGAACGCCAGCGACGCGACGCCAGCGGAGCGCAACGUGCGGCUGCUGUGGGGGGUGGGGCUGCUGUCAUUCUUCCUCAGCGCCGCUCUGGACAACCUGACCACCACAAUCGUCAUGCUGUCGGUGCUGCAGCGCGCGAUCCCCGACGACAAGGAGCUGCGCAAGCUGCUGGGGGCGUCUGUCGUGGUCGCUGCGAAUGCCGGUGGGGCCUGGACCCCGAUCGGUGAUGUCACCACCACCAUGCUCUGGCUUCACGGCCAGCUGACGCCGCUGCCUACAAUGAGGGACCUCUUGCUGCCCAGCUUGGUGGCCCUGGUGGUGCCCUUGGGCUUGCUGCAGCUGUUUGCCCCCGAGUUCAAGGGCACGCCUGCAGCUGUGCUUGACGAGCAGCCAGGUGGAAAACAGCAGCAGCAGCGGCAGCAGCAGCAGCAGCAGCAGCGGCAGCAGCAGCAGCAGCAGCAGCAGCAGCAGCAGCAGCAGCAGCAGCAGCAGCAGCAGCAGCAGCAGCAGGGGGAGGAGCAGGCUCUCCCGCCAAGCUUGGCGCUGGCGCUCACGACCGCAGACGCGCCCAUCAUGGGCGCCAGCAGCAGCCCGGAGGUGUCUGAGGCGAUCGCUUUCGAGGAUGCCUCGCAGCGGGGCCCGUUGGUGCUGGCGGUGGGGUUGGGGGCGCUGCUGUCUGUGCCGGCCUUCAAAUACCUGACAGGGCUGCCGCCCUACAUGGGCAUGCUGUGCGGGCUGAGCGUGCUGUGGCUGCUCACGGACGCGCUUCACUUUGGGGAGUCCAGGGGCUAUCCGCGCGUCACUGACGCGCUGCGCAAGGUCGACAUCGAGGCCAUCAUGUUCUUCCUAGGCAUCUUGCUGGCUGUGGGUGCGCUCGAGGCGGCAGGCCUGCUGCAGCAGCUGGCAGUUGCACUUGGCGCGGCGGUGCCGAACGUGGGCAUCGUGGCAGCCGCGAUCGGCGUCGUGUCUGCGCUGAUUGACAACGUGCCCCUGGUCGCCGCCACCAUGGGAAUGUACGAUCUGGCGCUCGUGCCGCCCGACAGUCAGCUGUGGCAGCUCAUUGCGCUGGCAGCAGGGACGGGCGGGUCCCUUCUGGUCAUCGGUUCGGCCGCUGGCGUCGCUUUCAUGAGCAUCGAGGGCGCUGGAUUUGGCUGGUACUUGCGGCGCAUGUCGCCAUGGGUGGCGGCUGGGUAUGCUGGCGCUCUUGCGACAUACGCGCUGCUGCACGGCCUGCCCCCUGACGGCACACUCGCGCCGUAA